CAGAGAGUCCCAUACAGAAUAAACCCAAGGAGAAAUACACCGAGGCACACAUUAAUCAAACUAAUGAAAAUUAAACACAAAGAAAAAAUAUUAAAAGCAGCAAGAGAAAAGCAACAAAUAACAUAUAAGGGAAAACCCAUAAGGAUAACAGCUGAUCUUUCUGCAAAAACUCUGCAGGCCAGAAGGGAGUGGCAAUAUAUACUGGAAGUCCUGAAAGAGAAAAACCUAGAGCCAAGAAUACUCUACCCAGCAAGAAUCUCACUCAGAUUUGAGGGAGAAAUCAAAAACUUUACAGACAAGCAAAGGUUAAGAGAAUUCAGCACCACCAAACCAGCCUUACUACAAGUGCUAUUGACAAGGAAAGACAGAGUUGGUAGAAUCAGGCUUCCUGACUUCAGGCUAUCCUACAAGGCUACAGUGACC